UGCAUAUUGGACUGGAAACUUGUGGCAGUUGUGGCUUCCCAUGUAGAUUUUAAUAUUUUAUGAAUCGUGGACUACCUUGUGCUGCCCAGCUGGCCUGCAAUCAGCUUGCAAUAGUACGAUCUCGAUAAGCUUUUGAGACUGGCUCGAGUGCAAGUGAUAAUUCUGAUGCCAAGAAUCUUUCCCUCAUGUGAUGAGCAGCGCAUGUGAGGAUUCGUGUCCUUGGACGAACUAUUUGUCGGAGGCGAUCAAUAAAUGCGUGCUCAACCUGUUAUCACUGCUGUCGACGACAUUCGGUCUAACCUUCAAUUUCAGCGACAUCGUCAUCCUCGAUGACGAGACGUCGUCGAGGCUCCGCGAGUUCCUCCACGAACUGAUAGCGUUGCUGUCAUUCGACGAUUUUCAGCUGCAGCUGCUCAAAGUCUUCCUGUUGACGUUCUUAAGCAGCGUGGCGUUGAUCUUCGUCGCCUGGCACAUUUACGGUUCCAGAAUCACGGAGCAAUUCAUGAAGACAGGCGCUGCCGAAGAUUGUAAUUCGUCAACUGAGUAAUAUAUUAGAUUAAAUAUCUAUUUGACUGCUAUUGGGCAACGACAUUAACAAAUAUGGCUGAUAAAAUCAAGUCUUUUUUUCAAAAGAAGAAAACAAACGCAAAGUUUGUGAAAGCAGGAAAGGGACACAAGUAAUUGCAAUAAUAUAAAUUGUUGAUAU